UUCUGCCUGUGAGUGUAUCUCCCGUCACAGAGCAAGGAAAUAGGAAUCACCGUUCGAAUCGAGUCACAUCGAGUCGCGAUUUUACCACGUACCUUUUUUUUCAAAAAGCCGUGCGCCAUGGACUCGCUUUGGUGUUUUCCGCAAGAGACGUUACGGAUCUAAUGACCCAACGACUGCGAACAUCUCCGCUGGCUUGAAGCGCGGUACUUCCAGUACGCUGUGCGGCGGGACUUGUGUUGCGUGUGGAGCGCUCGCACUUCUUUUGUCGUAGCCUACUCAUUUCAACCCGAGGAUACUUCUUGUGCCUUUACUGAUGGAAAAGGCUCUCCCUGACGUUUAUAAGCAGCCUCUGAGCAGCACGUAACAUUUCCUCGACAAGCUCGUCCAGCAGCGCGGAGCCCAACAAACAUGGACUGUUUUCCCAUGCUUUAUUUUCUGUCGAGACAUCAUGAUUCCUGGUAAUCGAAUGCUGAUGGUCAUUUUGCUAUGCCACGUCCUGCUGGGGGAGAGAAACCAUGCCAGUCUGAUACCCGAGGAAGGGAAGAGUCGCGCGCCCGUCGUCGGCCUGCCCGCCGCCGCCACCGGUGCCAGUGCCAGCGCCAGCGCCAGCCGCCAGAGCCAUGAGCUGCUCCGCGACUUCGAGAGCACGCUGCUGCACAUGUUCGGGCUCCAGCGGCGCCCGCGGCCCAGCCGCUCGGCCGUCGUGCCGCAGUACCUGCUGGACCUCUACCGCCUGCAGUCCGGCGAGGCCGAGGAGACGGCGUCGGCGCACGACGGCGCCAUCGAGUACCCCGAGAGGUCUGCCAGCCGCGCCAACACCGUGAGGGGCUUCCACCACGAAGAGCACCUGGAGCAGCUGCAGUUGGAGGGCCCUAGCGCCGGUGGCUCCACCUUACGCUUCCUCUUCAACCUCAGCAGCAUCCCCGAGGAGGAGCUUCUGUCCACCGCCGAGCUACGCAUCUACCGCGAGCGCAUCGAGGAGGACGACGGCGAAGGGUCCGGCAACGAGGACCAGCACCGCAUCAACGUCUACGAGAUCCUGAAGGCGCCGCGCGGCGGCGGCGGUCAGCUGAUCACGCGUCUGCUGGACACGCGGCUGGUGCGGCACAACGCCUCGCGCUGGGAGAGCUUCGACGUGAGCCCGGCCGUGCUGCGCUGGACGCGCGAGCGCCUGCCCAACCACGGGCUGGCGGUGGAGGUGCGGCACCUGGGCAGCGGCGGCGGCGGCGGUGGUGGCCCAGCGGCGGCGGGACAGCGGCGAGACCAGGCGCCACAGCGGCACGUGCGGGUCAGCCGCUCGCUGCACCAGAAGCCCGGCGAGGACUGGGGCCAGCUGCGCCCCCUGCUGGUCACCUUCGGCCACGACGGCAAGGGCCACCCGCUGACGCGCCGCGCCAAGCGCAGCCCCAAGCCGCGCGGGCGCAAGCGCAACCGGAACUGCCGGCGGCACGCGCUCUACGUGGACUUCAGCGACGUGAACUGGAACGACUGGAUAGUGGCGCCCCCUGGCUACCAGGCGUACUACUGCCACGGGGACUGCCCCUUCCCGCUGGCCGACCACCUGAACUCCACCAACCACGCCAUCGUGCAGACGCUGGUGAACUCGGUCAACACCAACAUCCCCAAGGCCUGUUGCGUGCCCACGGAGCUCAGUGCCAUCUCCAUGCUCUACCUGGACGAGCACGACAAGGUGGUGCUCAAGAACUACCAGGAGAUGGUGGUCGAGGGCUGCGGCUGCCGCUGACACUGACGCUGACCGCGGAGAUAUUAGCGGACGAGCAACGACACGUACUGAACCCUGCUCUCCCGUUCUCCACAUAAACACACACACUCAUGCACACACACACACACACGGAUACACAUACACACACUCAAGGCCUGAUUUUACACCAAAAUAUCUUCACUCGGACCCCUUAUUUAUAACGUGUAUGUCAACAUGUCUGUUUGUCUCCUCUUUCUCUUUGUUUUCUCAACCAUAUGAUCAUAUAUUUUGACAAAAUAUAUAUAUUUAUAUCUACAUAUUAAAAAAAAAUAAAAUGAGUCCUUAUUUUAAACACAAAUGAAAAAAAAACUUUACAACUUUUCAUAAUGUAUAUUAGAGUGUAUAAGUUUUUUAAUGAGAAAAUAGUUAAAAAUAAGAAAAAAAGAACAAAGUAAAGUUUAUUUACUGGUACUGGUAAUAUUUAUUGCUUUCAUAUUAUACACAUGUACAAGGAAAGAUGAUUACUUUACAUAAACGUCCCUUCAACAGUUCAUCUCAGGCUGAAGAGUCUACGGAAGCAGCAUUUGUGUACUUAAAUUAGAGCACUGCGCAAGGUUAUCAAAAUAUAUCUAUAUAUUUGAAAUCAGUGGAAGUAAUCUGAAAUGUAUAUUGUUUUUAAUUCACCUUUUUACAUUGCCCCCCCUAGUCCUACUUAGACCUCCUUUGAAAAAUUGGUCAUUGAUGUUUUCAUUUCUAGAAAAUUGUAAGACAAAAGACACAUGAGUUUCAAUGAAAUAUAGGAUCAUGAGGCCCACAACUGUAUUAGUUAGGCUAUGUGGUUUUGGAGUGAUGUUUUUUUCAAAGCAUAAUCUUGGAAGUGUACACAAAUAAGUGUUGGAAUUCUUGAUAGCACCGGUUAAUAUUUUUAUUUUUUGUCCCACUUAAAUAAAAAAAAUGUUCAGUUUAACACAACCUCUGCCGUUUUCAGUGUGUCCAGAGCAGCGCAGACCCUCCAAAUCACUCUUUAUAUUGUCAUGGACACUCCCCUGUAGAAACCUAUAGCGCUGAACUUUUCCUCAGCCGGCGCCUUGGAGUUAAGACCCCCAGUCGCAGCGCGCC